CACUCUCAGUCUUCUUCUUUCCCAAAGGAGGAGGCCAGUAUCUCUCAUAUAAUCUCAUCUCAUUUUCUUUUCUCCCAAGGUUUCAACGACCAAAGUUUAUUACUUUUUGUUUAAUUCAAUCCUCGAGAUCUUUGCACGAACAAAACUGUUUCUUUUUCUUGACCCACCAAAAAAACAGUUGGUAUUUUUCUGCGAGAAAGCAGAGAAUUUCAGUGUGUUCGAUUUAGGUUUUUUUCUUUUCAAAAUAUCUGAAGGGUUUGUUUGAGUCGAUUAUUUGGAUUUUAGCAGAGGAGCUAUGCUCAAGGUCUUAGCUGAAAUUCUCGCUUUCUAUCACCAUUUUUUGUUUCUCUUUCUGAUUUACGGUGGUGAGUCUGCAAGGGAAAUUCUCUGUUUUUUCUGAAAAAAAUUUCUGUGAAAAUCUUCAAGUUUAUGUUGGUGUAUGGUUCUCCUUCUAAGGGCUUUUUACUGUUCGUAACAUUAUAGGAAUUUAGGACACUUCUUGUUUAGAUGGGAAUUGAUAUCACUCAACGGAUAGAGAGGUUGCCUCACUACUUUAAGAUGCACUCUUCCAUGUGCUUAGAACUGAAGAGCUUAGUUGAUAGAAUCAUGAGCAUCUUUCCUGAUAUAGAAGAUGCUCGACCCGGAAGCUCCUCAGGGAUACAAACUCUAUGUUUGCUCAACACAGCUUUGGAGAAAGCUAAGCUGCUUCUUCAGUACUGCAGUGAAUCAAGUAAACUCUACAUGGCAGUAACAGGAGAUGCUAUACUCUCAAGAGGCUGUAGAGCAAAAAAAUCAUUAGAGCAAACCUUAAUUGACAUCCGAAGCAUGGUGCCAACUGUUUUGGCUAUCAAGAUAUCUCAGGUAGUCCAAGAUCUUAGAUCAACUGUUUUGACACUGGAAUCAUCUGAAGAAGAAGCUGGGAAAGCUGUUAGAGAACUGAUGCAACGGAGCACAUCUUCUUCUGUUUCUUCGGAUGAGAUCAGAGAUUUCUAUUUCGCAGCACUAAAGCUCCAGCUUUCAACACCCGAAGCCAUUGUGAUAGAGAGAAGAUCAUUAAAGUCGCUUUUGGAGAAGUUAGGCGAGUGUCAAGUGGACAAGAGACAGAUUCUGAAGUAUCUUCUCUGUCUCCUGAAAAAGCAUGAAAGAAUCAUCUGGAGAGAUCAUAAAGACAACUCUUCUUUCACACAGCAUCAGCCUGUCAAUGAUUCUGUGUGUGCUAGUGUUGCAGAGGCCGGGUGUUCUGAGGAACGCAAUGAUACGCUUCCCGAGCAGUUUAAAUGCCCGCUUUCUCUGACCGUGAUGUAUGAUCCUGUCCUCAUUUCUUCUGGUCACACUUUUGAGAGGAUGUGGAUUCAGAAAUGGUUCGAAGAUGGUAAUGUUACAUGUCCUAAAUCAAAAAGGAUGCUGGAUGAUCUCACGUUGAAGCCCAACGUAGCGAUGAAGGUUCAGAUAUCAAAAUGGUGCUCGAAGCACGGUCUUGAUGUUCAAGAUCCAACAACGAAGCACACAAAGGCUUUGCAGAAUAUUGACUUCUCUGUUUCCAUUGCUAGCUUUGGAAGUUCUCUGUACGAUAUCCCAGAUCUCGGCUGCUUCUCGAGCACGGAUUUCAGCUCGAGCUUUUCCACUGAUUCUCCAUCCUUCUCUAAGAUGUCAAAGGGUGGUUACUUCAUGCCAAUGCAGACGAUAAAUUCUGAGUCAGGCACUGUUACCACAGAUUCUAGUCACAGCGAGAUGGAAAUAGAGCCCUUAUGUGAACUCUCCAACCUUCCAUUUGAUGCGCAGAUCAAGGUCAUCGAAGAUGUAAGAAGUCGUUAUGAGCACAAUACUCGCGCUUUUCGGUUUAUGUCACCGAGUAAGUUUCUUGAGCCACUUAUCACAUACUUGAAGAAUGCUCACGAAAGAAAUGGCACCACUGGAGACAUAAUAAAGAGUGGAUUGAAUUUGCUAUUGAAUUUCCUCAAUGGGAACAGGAGGGCUAUAGAAUCUUUGGAAGAAGACGUUUUCAAAACGUUGUCGAUCUUUCUCGGGUCCGAUUCCGUGGUAGUAGCUGAAGAAGCUCUGAACGUAUUUGAGAUUCUCUCUAAUAAUCCGCAAUGUCUCUCCAAGUUAACUUCAUCAGGCUUUCUCUCUUCCCUUUUGAAGAUCACCGAGUCUGGAGCACAACAUCUCCAAGAACAAGCUAUGAUCACACUCAAGAACCUUUCCUCAAGCAAUGAGAUCUGUCUGGAAAUGGUGUCUCUCGAUUUCAUCAAGAAGCUCACAUCGUUCUUGCAACAGUUUUUUUUCAGCAAACAGUCGAUCAUCAUUCUGAGAAACCUCUGCAACACCGAGAAAGGUCGGGUCUGUAUGACCGAAACACCGGGUUGUAUAGCUUCCAUAGCUGACUUACUCGAAUCAAAUGUUCCCGAGGAGCAAGAGAAUGCAAUCUCCAUCCUCCUACAGCUCUGUGUGCAGAAGAUGGAGUAUUGCUACCUUGUCGUGAGAGAAGGCGUUGAUAUUUACUCAUCUCUUAUCUUAAUAUCCAACAAUGGAACCGAGGAAGCGAAGGUGGGUGCAUCGGAGUUGCUUAGAGCUCUUGAAGAAAUAGUCAGAGAAGAAGAAGAAGAAGAAUCCUCCAGACCAGAGGGAGCAACUGCCGCAACCACUUCACAGGUUUUUACUCAUCAGGAGCCUAUACUAACAACACCAUCUCCAAAGAAAUCUGGUCUUUUUGGAUUCACUUUCUCGAGUCUCAAGAAGAAGAAAAGUAGAUAAACGGAUAAGUUUUGUUAGGAUGUCUUAACUUAGUUUUGAAAGGUUAUAAUACUUUUUUGUGGUUCCAUCUUUGUUGACUUAGGUUUGUAUAUUUUAUUACCACUCCGAAGGGCCUCCAUUAAUGCAAGUGUAGUUGUAAGUUAAUAGGGAAAGAAUUGUGAGGAAGAUAGUUUGCAAUUUGUAAAUCAUU